AUGAAACCAAACAGCUCUCAAGAUGGCUUUGUUCUCUUGGGCUUCUCUGACAAGCCGCAGUUAGAGACUAUUCUCUUUGUGGUCAUCUUGGUCUUCUAUAUCUUGAAUGUGGUGGGGAACAUGACCAUCAUAUUAGUGUCCUGCCUGGACCCCAAACUUCACACUCCAAUGUACUUCUUUCUUGCCAAUCUGUCCUUUGUAGACCUCUGCUUAACCACCUGCAUUGCCCCACAGUUAUUGGUCACCAUGGGGAAAAAAGACAAGAUCAUGAGCUACAGUGGCUGUGUGGUACAACUCUAUGUGUCCAUGGGUUUGGGAUCCACUGAAUGUAUUGUUUUGGCUGUCAUGUCUUAUGACCGCUAUGCAGCAGUCUGCCGCCCCCUCCACUACGCAGUCAUCAUGCAUCCUCAGCUCUGCCUGUCACUGGCUGCCAUAGCAUGGCUCAGUGGUCUGGUCACCUCCCUGAUCCAGUGCUCUCUCACUAUACAGCUACCUCGGUGUGGUCACAACCAGUUGGAUCACAUUUGUUGUGAGGUGCCAGUGUUGAUCAAGCUGGCUUGUGUAGACACCACCUUCAAUGAGGCCGAACUCUUUGUGGCCAGUGUGGUCUUCCUAGUGGUGCCUGUCUCUCUCAUCCUGGUUUCCUAUGGCUACAUUGCUCAGGCCAUAUUGAGGAUCAAAUCUGCAACAGGACGCCGUAAAGCAUUUGGGACUUGUUCUUCUCACCUGGUGGUUGUAAUCAUCUUCUAUGGGACCAUCAUCUUCAUGUAUCUCCAGCCCGUCAAAAGUAAAUCAAAAGACCAAGGAAAGUUUGUGUCUCUCUUCUACACUGUGGUCACUCCUCUGUUAAAUCCCCUCAUCUAUACCCUGAGGAACAAGGAUGUGAAGGGGGCACUGAGAAAGUUGGUACCAGGGAAAAUUCUUGUGUCAGAGAAGCUGUGA